UUAAAAUUCUUAUUUUCUAAAUAAAAAAAAAAAACAAAUAAUUAUUUAAUGAUUUUAAAGCUAUUCAGUUGGCGCGAGAAUAAAUUAUUUUCGUCAAAAACUUUGCAAUUAUUGCUUAAAAAUAAUUGUGUUAAUUAUUGUCAAAAAAUGGGACCACUAGAACAAGCUAAAAAAGCUGCUGCAUAUAAAGCAGUUGAUGAUCAUGUAAAGUCCAACAGCAUUAUUGGAGUUGGAAGUGGAUCAACAGUUAUCUAUGCUGUUCACAGAAUAGCUGAAAAAGUCAGGUCGGAAAAUAUGGCUAAUGUCAUAUGUGUUCCAACAUCUUUCCAGGCUCGUCAACUUAUCAUCAACAGUCGUCUUAUUCUUGGAGAUCUUGAUACACAUCCAAAACUUGAUUGUGUUAUUGAUGGUGCUGAUGAAGUUGAUGCAGAUUUGAAUUUAAUAAAAGGAGGUGGUGGUUGUCUUCUUCAAGAAAAAAUUCUAGCAUCUUGUGCUAACAGCUUGAUCAUAAUAGCUGAUUAUUCGAAAAAUUCAGAAAAACUUGGUCAACAUUAUAAAAAGGGAAUUCCAAUUGAAGUUGUUCCAAUGGCAUAUGUACCAAUUAAACGAAAGGUUGAGGAUAAUUUUGGUGGUGUUGCUGAGAUCAGAAUGGCUCGAGCAAAAGCUGGACCAGUUAUAACUGACAAUGGAAAUUUUAUUCUAGACUGGGAUUUUCCUUUUGAUUUAGAAAAAUCAUGGGAAGAAAUUCACACGGAAAUUAAACUUAUUCCUGGUGUCAUUGAAAUUGGAUUAUUUGUCAAUAUGGCACACAAGGCAUAUUUUGGAAUGAAUGAUGGUACUGUUAAAGAACAACUUAUCAAUAAUGUUUAAAAUUCAAUAAUUUUGCUGUAUAAUAAUUCAAGCUUUUCAUAUUUUUUUAUCAAUUAAUUUACCAAAAAUACUAUUAUAUAUUGUCAAUGUAUAAAUUUAUCAACUACAACAUAAUCACACUUUUGAAAAAAAAUUACUAUUUCUUCAUUAAAAUUGUUUCUAUAUUUUUUUUAAUAUUAUUUUUGUAUAUUAUUAUUAUACUUAGUUGUUGUUUAAUUAAAAUUUAUCAUUAAAAUUAUUUAAAUACUUGGCUGUGUGUUUAUAUUCAAUAUAUAUUUAUGUAUUUCAAUAAAAAUAAAUAAAUAUCAA